UUUGUUUCUCCAGGAGAGCAUCGUCUCACUUGCCCUCAGACACUAGAGGCAGUAGAAGGUGAAGACGUCACGCUACGGUGUCGCCUGCACCCCCCCCUCAACUUGUCUGGCUACGCGUUUGACGUAGCGAGAGAGAGCGAUGACCACGGUAAAUAUGACGACGUCUACGCCUAUCGCAACGGAAAGGUCCAACCGGAGGACCAGGCGGAUCGAUACAAGAACAGAACACACCUCAACCACGAGGCCCUGGGCGGAGGAGACGUGGUGCUGACGAUCUUCUCGGUGAAUCGGUCCGACAGCGGAACGUACACAGUCUUCAUCAAAAAGCUGGGAGCCCGUUCUGUUGUUAACAUCACUGUUGUACCCAAAGGCCAAAGGAGCAAGACGAAGAGAAACGAUCCAACCACAACUCGACCUCCGGCUACCGACCCUGGUAAAUGUCUGAGUUGUUGUCUUUACUUUCCUUAA